AUGCUCGCACCCGAUGAAGUUGUGAAGCAGGUCAUUGCACGGGAUGUCCCCAACACCGCCAUUAGAGUUCCAUGUUGGCGCAAAGGGAUUGUGAUCAUCGAAGUUGAUCACUACGCGGACUUCAGCACCAUCUCCAUCAAACGCACAAAAGCUACCAAUGUGCUCCCCGUGGGUCAGUCUCACCAUGGGGACGAUGGUGGGGAUGACGAUGAACAAGGUGGCGACAACGGGGGGAGUGGCGGGGGUCAAGACCGUGGCCCCAGGGAUGAUGAUGAAGAUGGGGGUGACGAAGAUGGCCAUGAUGGCCAGAGUCAAAGGACGAUGCAGGGGUCUCAGGAUUCCAGUAGGCCGUCAUCCGCCAUGGAUGGGCCGUCCUCUCCUGCUCACAUGUGCACACCAAUCGGGACUUUAGUCUUACGUGCACCCGAGAUCCCCCCCACCUCCAUGAUGCCUGGCUUCCCUGGCUCAUACCCCCCUGCACCGCCCCCCACUCCCACUUCCAGCAUGCCAGAGCCGCUUCAAGAGGCGAUCGUUAUGCUGCUAGGUGCCUUGCUUCUGUAUGUUGAGUUGCUGAAGGCAUGGGGCCAGGGCCGCAAGAACUAGCUAUAUGUUUCCCUAGCUUAUAAAUUCUAGACCACGUUCAUGUUUUCUUGAAGGCCCUCUGUAGAUAAAUGCCUCUAAAAACCACUUUUCG